CCUCUUCGCACUCAACCACGAGCAUCACGGUUCUACUGAGCGGCUCAUCACACCCUAGCAUCCAGUCCAACCGCCCACCAUGCUUUUCUUCAGUUUCUUCAAGACGCUCAUCGACCACGAGGUCACCGUCGAGCUCAAGAACGACAUCCAGAUCCGCGGCAUCCUCAAGAGUGUCGACCAAUACCUCAACAUCAAGCUGGAAGAAAUCUCCGUCGUCGAGGAGCUCAAGUACCCGCACCUGAGCUCUGUCAAGAAUGUUUUCAUCCGUGGCUCCGUUGUUCGUUAUGUUCACUUGCCCGCUGGCUCAGUAGACGUGCCCCUCCUGGAGGACGCAACGCGCAGAGAGGCUGCUGCCCAGGCCGCAAAGGCGAAAUAGGCCCUGAUUUUAAGGGUCGUAGGGGUUGGGAUGGCGUGUGUGAAUCAUAACGACAUGGCCGGGGCACUGAAAAAGCCGGUCUACGUUUGGGGUUGAAUGAAGACCACAACCUCACGACGAGGUACACGUAGUCAGCGGUUUUCUUGGUGUAUGGCAAGACUUGAGCGGGCAGUGCACUGCGGAAAACGAAUAGAGGGGAUAUGAUAUCCAGACAGAGAUCUACGAAACAAAUCAAAUGUUCAA